UCCGCGCGACCGUGUUGCGGACGAUCUCUCGCCUCUUCCUCCUUUCACGGAUCUUCGCCGGCACGUCGGAGUCUCCCGGAGAGAGAGGGAGGUGACACUUUCGGGCAGACACGCGGCACGAAUCUCGCGCACUCGGUGGACGCACGCGAGGACACGGAAGAGCCGCGCUUCGUUGCAGAUCGGUGACGGUGCCAAGAUUUCGUUCUUUUUUUUUUCCGAUCUCCACUCGGAUUCUUUGUUCCGAAAGCGUCUCGUGAGUCGAGUGAGCUUGAGCCGGUCUUGCCAGUGCAUAAAACGAGCAAUGCGUAUUAUCCCAGUGUGACAGUGUUGAAGACGACGAUUUUCAAGCGCAGCAUUGCCGUCGUCGCUGUCAUCGUCAUCCCCGAAGAAAAACGUCGGGGCGUUCCUCGGACGAUACAUACCAAGGUGUUAACGUCGCCGCAAACGACUCGUCGAGUCUCGAAUAAACGAGUGAUCGUGGAUAAAACUCAGUAGUGUGACUUUGGUGCUCGCAGUGCUUAGUGUCGAUGCGCCGGAUGUUGCAGGAUAACGGCGAAGAACAAAAGGCCGCUCGCGACACGUAAACACGCGAACGACCAACUCGCGAAUAUGGCCAGUACGACAAUGAUGGGUCUGCGUCGCAGAGCGCCGGUGAACAGCUCACCAACUCCCUCGGGUCAGUCACCAUCCACGACGAGUACGUCGUCAUCGAGCAAGCGCUUGAGGAACGAGAACAACAACAGCCCGUCCCACGGCAAUCUGAACUCGAUGAACGGUGGCUCUCGGGACGAGCCGCCGACGAAGAAGUCCCGCGGGACUUCGACGAGCGGAGCGAAGGGUAAUAGUUGUUCCUCGUCGAACUCGGCGUCGUCGACAACCACGAGUACCUCGACCGACAGCCAGAAUUCGAGGAGUCGCGGAACUUCCGUUUCGAGAUCGGCCACUCAGACCAAGUCGUCGUCCACUUCGACGGCUGCCACCUCGGCUGCCUCCUCCUCGAGCGAUAUAUCGAACGGCACCGCGCUCUCGAACAGCUGGACGACUACGUCAAGCAUGUCGGACGUGCCGUCGUACGCUUCCGUGACCGGGCUCGGUUUGACGGGCGGACAAACGGCCGGCCUCUGCGCCGGAAGCCUCGGCAUGCCUCCUACACCGAUACCACCGUACAUGUCGACCUCCAUGGCGACCUUCGUUGGUAACGCCACGAACCUCGGUAAGAGCUCGUCCGUCUCGUACCUCGACAUUUCCAACAUGACCGGCAGUUCUUUGGCUGCUUCCGGCGUCGCGAACUCGUUAAACAGCGGAUACGCGGCGAACGGUUCCGCCGCUGUAGACGCGAAGAGCGGAAUGGCGUUGUCGUAUUCGCCAAACGUCAACGGCGGCUCAUUCGGCGCGCAAAAGAGCCCGAACGGAGCCGACGUGGCCACCGCUUCGCCGAGGAAAUUUCAAAACGACGCUAUGUUCAACACUUAUCAACCAUGGGUGAUCAAAACGUACGGCGAUCUGGCCAAGACUAAGACUAUCACUAUCAAGAAAUACGCGCGUAUCCUGAGGACGUUGCGGGGCGAGGAAGUGAACAGCGCGGAGAACAGCAAGUUCCGCUUCUGGGUCAAGAGCAAGGGUUUCCAUAUCGGUCAGCCGGAAGGCUACGACGCGAAACCGGCCGACAGGAUUAUCGGACGUCAUGCUGUCACGAGCCCGGGAUUGGAUCCGCCGCUCUACGUGCCCACGCAGCUGCCGCACAACAAGGCGUUAAAUGGUGCCGAAGGUACAGUUCCACCAGGAAGAGUAUACAAGAAAGUCGCGAUUGUAGAGAACUUCUUCGACAUUAUCCACGCCGUUCACGUUGAUCUCGAAGGACGUCCUGGGAAGCAUGCCGGUCAGAAACGCACUUAUAGAACGAUUACAGAAACGUAUGCAUUUCUACCCCGAGAAGCGGUAACGCGAUUUCUGCUGGGCUGCACGGAAUGCCAACGUCGUCCGCGGACGCCCAGUCCAACGAACUUAUCCAAUCAGUCGCAAUCCACGGCUACGACGUUGGCGUCGACGCCAACCCCUCCGAGCCCGAAUCGCGGUGGUAGCAACGCCGCUCUCGCGACCUCGUCGUUAUCGUCGUCCUCGACGGUGCAGAGUAAUUCCAAGUCGCGCGAUAGCAGUCACCACGCGCCGUCAGAGGCGAAGAAUUUGCACAAUUAUAGGCAUCAGAAGCAGCACAAGAGCAGCGGCGUGGCUGCGACAGAUAAACUCGAAAAGGACAAGGAUGAGAAGUACAAUCCGCUGAGUAUCACGAACCUACUGAAGAAAGAACCGGCAAACGGUGGUUUUCUCGCCAAUUCGGACGCUCUGCCGGAAUCGAGAAGGACGCCGGAGUCGGACCGAGCGAGUUCGAGGAGCUCGGCAUCGUCGAAGAGGAAGCGGAUGCUGCCGGAGGGACGUACGCCCUCGCCUCAACCCAGCCAGCCGUUGCCGAGGCCCUGGAGUCCCGGGCUGGAUCCCAAGAACACGCCCAUCGACUAUAGCCUCCCCAUCACGACCUCGUACUUAAAGCAUCAGCAAAGGCUACUCCAGGCGGAGAAGAGCAAGGCCGCCGCUAAUGCGGGAAAGGAGACGUUUGAGAUAUCGGAGCCCAAGACCAUUGUGACGCCGCUUGUCGAGGAAACGGAGAGCGCCGAGAAGGAGAGAUACUCGCCGGCUACCGGUCUGAUCGACACGAACCUCAAUCUACUAGCGACUAUUCAGCACCUCCAUUGCCAAGUGAUGUUGGCGCUCACCGAGCGACUGAGACCAUCGAUCGCGAGUCCUUUAGUUCUGCCAUCGACGCCGACAAAUGUUCUCGCGGGCUCGAUGAUGAUGGGCACGGAAGUGUCAAUCCAAACAGGAGAGAAUCAUUUGUAAACUGAUUGGCGCGAAGACAGAAUUGUUGAGAGUGGUGUGAUCUGGUUAACGGCUUUUCUGAGAGAUGUGUGAAGGUUACUAAACUAUGAUCGAGAUGAAAAAUUGAUAUCUUUGCGACCAGGACUAUUUGCGUCGAUAAUAUCGACUGGUCGGAGGCAAUCUCGUCGAUCAUUCAUUCCAGAUGAGUGUUUCUCGAUAAAAAAAUCGGCUCGCUUUUUAAAGUCAGACGAUGGACGUCUGAAAUUCUAACAAAGGUAAUAAAAUUUCUUUUAUUUGCGUUUUUGACACAAUCGAAACAACCAAUAUAAGAUUUCUUGUACAAAAUGUCGAUCACGGUGGCUCCCUUUAUCUUUAAUUCGUUCUUGAAUAUGUAUCCGAUUGACGCAUGUUUGCGAACGCGAUUCACCCUCGUCUCGUCUUCCAUCAGCGAAACGAUAGAUGGACGCAAUUACAUAUUGAACCGGACGGGAUCGAUUAUUGUUGUCGCGCUCAUGUCACACAUUUCAUCCGAUCGAGCCGGUUGCCGCUGCUGCUUGCUUGCGUCCGACGCUAGUCGGUGCCCGAUAUAGACGACGGGCCAAGCGAGCGGGAUAAUUUCCGAGUCUGUCGAAAUACGGGUCGAUGUGUCAGGGAUUCGCGCGCCGCCUCCUCUAUGUCCGAUAUUUAGGGAUCCGUUACGCGGAGAGCGGAUCUCGCGAUAUUUGCUCGCCGCCGGACUCGACUCCGAUCGAUCCAUCCAGGCGGAGCAAAAGCGGCACAGUCCGCGCGGCGACACCGCGAAGGUCCUGAAUAUUCAACGAACCAACGAGAUAGAGAAGAGAGAGAGAG